GCACCGCCAGCGCCGAAGGCUGCGCGGGAUGCUGCGCUCCACGUCCACCGUCACCCUGCUCGCGGGCGGCUCCGGAGCGCCCGGGGCGCCCAGCAGGAGGGCCAAUGUCUGUAGACUACGGCUGACCGUACCUCCUGAGAGUCCAGCUUUUGAGCAAGGUGAAAAGAAGAUGGAAAGGAAAGAGCAGCCUUCUCACCUAGGCAAUGGAGAAGCUCCCAGGAAACUUCCCCAGGGUGUGGUGUACGGUGUGGUGCGAAGAUCAGAUCAAAAUCAGCAGAAGGAAAUGGUGGUGUACGGCUGGUCCACCAAUCAGCUGAAGGAAGAGAUGAACUACAUCAAAGACGUGAGAGCCACUCUAGAAAAAGUACGGAAGCGAAUGUUCGGAGACUAUGACGAAAUGAGACGGAAGAUCCGACAGCUCACCCAGGAACUGUCAGUUUCACAUGCUCAGCAGGACUACCUAGAGAAUCACAUCCAAACACAGUCGUCAGCCCUGGAUAGUUUUAAUGCCAUGAACUCGGCUUUGGCGUCGGACUCCAUUGGCCUGCAGAAAACACUUGUGGAUGUUACUUUGGAAAAUAGCAAUAUUAAGGAUCAAAUCAGAAAUCUGCAGCAGACAUACCAGGCAUCCGUGGACAAGCUGCGGGAGAAGCAGAAGCAGCUAGAGGCCGCACAAGUGGAAAACCAGCUACUGAGAAUAAAGGUGGAAUCAUCCCAAGAAGCCAAUGCUGAGGUGAUGCGAGAGAUGACCAGGAAGCUGUAUGGCCAGUAUGAAGAGAAGCUGCGGGAGGAGCAGCGGAAGCACAGCGCCGAGAAAGAGGCCCUUCUGGAAGAAACCAAUAAUUUUCUGAAAGCGAUCGAAGAGGCCAAUAAAAAGAUGCAUGCAACAGAGAUCAGCCUAGAGGAGAAAGACCAGAGGAUUGGGGAGCUGGACAGGCUGAUUGAGCGCAUGGAAAAGGAACGUCAUCAAUUACAGCUCCAGCUCCUGGAACAUGAAGCAGAAAUGUCAGCGGACAGAGCUGAUUCUGACAGGGGAAGGUAUCAGCAGCUGGAGGAGGCCUCCGCCGGCCUCCGGGAACGGAUCAGACACCUAGACGAUAUGGUGCUUUGCCAGCAGAAGAAAGUCAAGCAGAUGGUUGAGGAGAUUGAAUCAUUAAAGAAAAAGGUGCAGCAGAAACAACUCCUAAUAUUGCAACUUUUAGAAAAGAUAUCUUUCCUGGAAGGAGAGAAUAACGAACUCCAAAGCAGGUUGGACUAUUUAAUGGAAACCCAGCCCAAGACAGACGUGGAGACCAGAGAGAUUGGUGUGGGCUGUGAUCUUCUGCCCAGCCAGCCAGGCAGGACCCGUGACAUCGCCAUGCCUUCUAGGAACUACACCCCGUACACCAGAGUCCUGGAGUUAACCAUGAAGAAAACCCUGACCUAGACCCCUGCUAAGUGCUCUUCUCACCGGUGGACACAGACCCUCAACUCAGAGUCUUGAAGUCUGGAAGGAGUGACUCGCUUCCUCACAUAUACAGUUUAAGCCAGAGUGGAACUUUCUGAGGUUCUAAUCCACUCCCAAGACAUGAGGAACGUGAAGGGGAGGGGGAGGAAGGAGAAAGAGGUAUUGGAGGCUGCAUCUCCAACGCUUAGCCAGCACCCUGCUGUACUACAUGGCCAUGUGUUUCCCAUGUAGACCCUGAAAUUCUGUCAGAAGAAUUUCCUCACCAUUUAUUUUCUGUUUUACUAGACUUUGGUUGGGAGGAAAAAGGGGAUUAAUUUGAAAUCCCUGUCAGGAUGGUUUGUUACAGUGCGAAGGCUUUGUUCAUCUGUACAAGUAUCAGAGGCGGUGUUUCUCUGGUUCAAAGAAGUCUGUCCACAGGCAGCACCAGCACCAGUGGAAGCGUGAGCCUGGAUGGGAAGGGCUCCCAACACGCAGGUGCUCUGCGCUCUGGGUCCCGAGGAUCUGCGCAGGGUUUAUGCAGCCACGGGUAGGGACGGUCCUUGCCAGGGUCAGAAAGCUCCAUGCUUCGUUCUGACACGCUAUCCCUUGGUUUUAAUUUGUGCCUUAUGCUGUGGGAACGUCAGUCGUUUGAUGUUUUCAGUAUCAGCUGGUAUUUUUGUUAAGUGAGUAUCUCUUCAUGCACGCUCUACCCUGCGGACAUAGCCCGUCACACAUAUUUAAUAAAUGCCGUGUAUUUUGUUCUGUUGAUGUUGUCCCUGUGUUUCAUCCAUGACCGUGUUGACAGGGUAGAGAGCAGAAUCAGGUCUGGAAUGAGAGUCACCCGUGGCAGUGCUUAUAAACCAAAAGAUAGUAUAGUGAAUGUGUGUGUGUGUAUUUAAUCCCUGAAAUGUAUCUAGUUAACCCACCUUCUGCAAAGAGUGAGAGACUUUCAUGGUUUCAAAAUGCAAAAUUGUUUUUCCUUCUUAAAUUCUCUCUCCCUUGUGCCCCAAAUCCCCGCUGCUUAUUCUCCCCAACCCCAAUCAGUCCAUCAAUCAAUCAACAAACAAACAUCAAAGAAAUGAAGUUGGAUAAAUCACUGUGAGUCAGGAUAAUGAGGACAAUGCAUAGUAUAAUGAGGAGCCGAAUUUGCAUUUAAUUCCUCCCUGUUGAAGCUUGGGUAAGUAAUCAACCCUCUCUGAGUAUCAGUUUCAUCCUCUAAAAGCUUGGGGUCAGUCACACCUACGUGAUAUGCUGUUGUGAUUACCAGAUGAGAUAAUUCGCAGAGAGCAACUUGAACGGUGCCAGGCACCUAGGCAGCAAUUCCUGUCAUUCUCUAGGUUUGUGUUAAAGUACUGUUCCCUCCAGGUUCCCCUCUGUAAUGGACGUGUUCUAGCCAUGAGAAAGCCUCAUCCUGUGGAAAUCACCAAGGAGAAGUGUUUAGGGAGAAGGCAGGUCUGGGGACCCGGGGAUAGGGUCUCUGGACUCUGAGAGUGGUAGAGGGUCUUGGGAACCCCCCAGGCCCUGGACAAGCUGAUCUGGAAGUGAUAGCCAGGAUUGCUUAGUUGUUAUCAAACAAAGCAUCAAGUGACAGCACUGGGUGUGGCUCAAUUGGGAGCUGCUCAGACCAAGCUACCCCUUCCUGGCCAUUGUCCUCAAAGCCCUGGGUGUGGCUCCAGCAAGUCCAACCCAGUUUAACUACCCUCUGUGCCACAGAAAAAAUGCAAUUUGUCUCACUGCGCCUGCACGCGCUGUGAUAAC